AUGGGCAUUCUCGAGUCGUUCUAUUUCGCAAUUUACAAUUAUUUUGGCGGCAAUCAUUUUUUGAUCUACGUCGUUGGCGGAACACUAGUGGUGAACUUUGGCUUUUGGGUGUUCAAUCUAUUCUUCAUGUUCCUCGAUGUCGUCCAACCGAGAUGGGCGCGCGCCUACAAAAUUCAGGACGAGAGAAUGCCGACGAUGUCGCGCUAUUGUCAAGCGAUGCGAACGGUGGUCGCGAAUCAGUUCGUCGUGGGACCACUAAUCACCGUGUUGUGGUACCACGCCGCCGAAUGGCGAGGAAUGCGAUUCGAGGCGCCGCUUCCGACCGCCGGCGAAUGCCUGCGCGACAUUGCCAUCUCGAUUGUGAGCCAGGAAAUUGGAUUCUACUAUUCGCAUAGACUCUUCCAUCAUCCGUCGAUCUACAAGCACAUUCAUAAGAAGCAUCACGAAUGGACGGCUCCAGUGUCCAUCACCAGCAUCUAUGCUCAUCCGUUGGAGCACGCCGUUUCAAAUUUGAGUCCCGUUCUAUUGGGACCAUUUGUCGCCGGGAGUCACGUCGUCACAUUGUGGAUAUGGGCGUCGAUUGCGAUUUUGUCGACGACGUUCUCGCACUCCGGCUAUCAUUUGCCGUUCAUGCCGUCGCCUGAAGCGCACGAUUAUCAUCAUAAAUACUUCAACGAGUGCUUCGGCACAGUGCUAUUGGAUCGUCUUCACGGGACGAACAAGAAUUUCCGAGCGUCGAUCGAAGCGAAACGAGAUUAUAUGAGUUUGCGAUUGACGCCAGUCAAGCAGCUUCAUCCGCAAAAAUAA